GAACUUCAUUAUACGAAGGAAACGUAUCGCGGCACCUCUACGAAGGUAUCUAAAAGGCUUGGACUCCGUCCUAUCAUAUGUCACGCUUCAGCUUGUCUUGCUAACUGGAAGCUCAUUGAUACUUCACAACCAUUCUCACCAGAUAAUCUGCAACUGAAUGCUUUCGUCUUCCUGGAGUCGAGAGCAAAUCACUGGUUUUUUGUCGUAACAGCGCAGAUAGAGAAGGACUUCGCGCCCUGCAUUUGCAAUGUGGCUCGUGCUGUGUAUUACAAAAAUGAAGGCAGUUCUCACUUCGUCAGCGAAGCUCUCUGCAGCGUUCGGGAUUGCCUUUUGAAAGCCGCAGCGACUAUGAAGCGAAUGCGUGAGCAUUUACCUCCUGCUGAAUUUUAUCACGGACUGCGACCCUUCCUUCAGGGAUAUAAGGAACGUGCAAUUAAUGGUCAUGGGAUUGUGUUUGAAGGGAUGGAGAAAGAAGGACCAUUGAGAUACUCUGGAGCCAGCGCUGCACAAAGCUCAACAAUUCAAUUAAUAGAUGCAUUUUUGAAAAUUGAGCACUCAGGCGAAGAGAGGACGUUUCUGAACGAACAAAGAAAAUACAUGCCACGCGAGCAUCGUGAGCUCAUUUAUUGGGUCGAAGCAGAGACACCGGUCACGAAGUCAACGGAAGGCCGUCAGCAAGCAUUAGAGGCACUCGCUGCUUUUCGCUCGUUCCAUUUUAAUACAGUGGCGUUAUAUAUCCUCACGCAAAUGACGGGAUCCUCUCAGGCAACUGGAACUGGAGGCACAUCAUUUAUGCAAUUUUUAAAUAAUCUUAGGGCUAACACGAAAUAA